AUGGCAGAGAUUAUUGGGGUCGCGGCGUCGGCGAGCCAGCUUGGUCUCGCAUGCUUUUCACUGAUAGAUGUCAUGAGAAAGAUAAAAGGAGGAGCAUCGACACUGAAACGAUAUCAUGAGCAGCUCCAAGAACUUCAGAGCCUUUCUACUAGCAUCUCGGAGAACCCCCUUCUUCAGACCCCUGAGAUUGGGACGCAGACUGACGCUCUUCUUUUUAUCAUCAACAACAACUGUUUGAAUUCUUUGUUGCGCAAGGGGCGAGUCCUUCGUGCUUGGGGCUUUCUCUAUAAGGAACAAGAUCUUCUUGAUAUCUUUGUCAGCCUUGAACGACAGAAGAGCAACCUUUCUCUAGCCAUAGAGCAGAUUCAGUCCAGAGCACUGUAUCAGAUACAAACUGAUAUACAUAUCAUGUCUGAGAAGAAAGGGCCGAGUCCUUCAAUUCAGGGCAAUGCUUCUCGAACGGUGUCCGGGGUUCUCGUUCGUAGGGACUCUUCCAACAGUACCUAUACUUCAAGCACCCAAGCAACCUCCAUCAACCUAGAAACCAUCAACAAAUCGCUUGCCGACACCCGUGCUGCUGUUUCGCCCCAGUAUACGAUGCCGCCAACCAAGACAUCACCCACGACGGACGAACAGUCUUUCGGACAUCCGCAAGCCCAGUCCUCGACCAACUACGGCCAAUAUGGUGCCCACAGCUACAGGCUGGAUAGCGACAGUGGCCCACAGUGGAUUAACCCCUUCGCGGGUCCGGGGUGCAAACAGGAGAAUAGAAAGACUUACGAUAUCAACGCCAGUUUCUCGAAGGAACUUGCCAAGAAUCCUCCUAUUCGAUGCGUCUACCACAACCCGAUCACGACAGGAAGCGGCGAUCAGAUCAACAAGAACCUAAUUCUAGUUGACGAAGAUUAUGAAGACUAUGAGGGCCAUAGAGCUUACGAAGGAUUUGUUGUUCCGAAUAUGAAUGGCGAUUUGUGGAUUAAUCCGAGUGCCAUCCCCUGUCCUUCAGCAGAGGGGAAAGACAGCGCCGCGAGACAGUUCAACGGCGUUGAUAUCCGAAUUAAGAAGAGGAAGAAGAACAUCAAGAAGACGGAGAAGAAGGUGAAGAAAGAAAAGAAGGAAAAAUAG